AUGUCUUUCCGUAAUCCUUUAAAAUUCUUAUGUUGGCUUGCCCUUCCACUACUUCCAGCGGUAACAGGCCAUUUCCAUGCAUACGCUGAGACCCCCAAUUGGAUUGCUACAAAUGGCUACCAAUUACACACUCCCGAAAAUCAAACUCCUAUGCCAUCCCUAGUCAUUGACACAUUUCAAAAUCCUACGCACAAUGAUUUGGGAUUCUGGCAUGGCUCAGGCGAGAACUUGACCGUUCAUCAUGAGCCCGGCUUUGUGCGUCUCUUCCCUACGGACCCUGAUCAGAAUUUCCACACCCAGUUCAACAUCCACGGAUGCUUCAGCUUGAUUCCUUGGAAAAAUCAGUUUAUACAUGUCAUUUUUGAAGGGACAGAGGAGUUCACCGUUUCAUUGAAUGAGCAUAAUGCCGAAUGUUAUCCAAAACGGAGUCCAUUCCCAGGGGUACCGGAUAGCGUACAAGCCUCGCGAUACGUGAUGAGAAGCCAGCCUUGGCCAAAAAAUGACAAUCAAUCGGAUGAUAGCUCGGACGCAGGUACACCAUCUAUGAAAAGGGCCAGCAGAUCCAAGAGUCGACAGGAAACGAACGACACAAACGAAACCCCGAGCAAAGGCAGUUGCGAACCUGAUCAAGAUGACAGCGAAGAUGACCCGAGUCAUAACCCGACUCAUGACCCUAGUCCUGCUUCACCAGAGACGACAGAGCUCUUUAUCCCGCUUUCUCACUUUCAUAUCAACCAUAAUCGAGUUGUGUCGGUUUCUUUUACGGGGUUCUAUACCAAUGAGUCUCUCACUUUGCGCCGUGUUGAAAUCGUCUCGACUAUCCCGGCACCCUCGGUCGUGAAUAAUUUCUUUCAUAUACCGGAGAAGAUCCCCAGCGGCAAGUUGAUUCUCAAGUGUUCUCGUCCUAACUCAUUUGCGUUUGGCAUUGAUGAUGGUCAGCCGCAGUAUGCUCAGGAGGUGAUGCAGAUCUUGGAUGAUGAGGAUGUUCGGGUGACAUUCUUUGCUGUCGGUGCUGGACUCCGUGAUCAAUCCACGAACUUUACCAACUUUUAUCGAGAGAUGUUGAGAAAGGGGCAUCAGGUUGCAUUGCAUUCGAAUACUCAUCCGAAAAUGGAGGCUUUGCCAUCCCUGGAUAAGAUUGACGAAGAGAUCGCUCGGACAAUACAAGUCUUCCACGAUGAGCUAGGCAUUCGAUCACGAUACUUCCGCCCUCCUUUCGGAACUGUCGGUGCUCGUAUGCGACAGCAACUCACCUCCCGGAUCCAGGACCCCUACAUUGUGAACUGGAGUGUUGAUGUGGAGGAUUGGCUUUGGGCUAAUACUUCUACCCCGGAAAACCAGCUGGAAGCAUUCUAUCGAGGUGUCGCUCGAGGGGGAAACUUGGCUGUGAUGCAUUUCUUGAAUCCAUCAACGGUUGAAUAUCUCCCUCAAUUCAUUCGACAUGUCAAGUCUGCGGGAUUGGAGAUCAUGCGAAUUGAUCAGUGCCUGGAGGACCCUGAUAGCCCAUUAUUGUGA